AUGAUCUACAUGGCGUGCGCGCUGUUAUUCGACGGCCUCGUGCGCAUGUCUGAAGGACUGGGUUUUGACUUCUUCCUCGCGUUCACCCUCACCUCGGCGACGGAAAUACCGUCCAUGACUUUGCUCGUGAUUUUACUCGACAGGUGGGGUAGAAGAAAAUUAACAGUUGGUCCUAUAGCCUUUGCUGGAACUUUUACGUUUAUUGCAGCAUUUAUGUCAAAAGGGCUGCCGCAAGUGAUCCUGGCGAUAGUGGCGCGGUUCGCGGUGAACAUGGCGUACGGUGCGGUGGUGCAGUGGUCCGCUGAGCUGGUGCCUACGGGCGCGCGCGCCUCCGGCUCCUCACUGGUGCACGUCAGCGGCUACGUCGCCACCAUGCUGUCGCCCUUCAUCGUCUACUCGGAACGAUUCUGGCAACCGCUGCCGCUGCUGCUGCUGGGCGCGGCGGGGCUGCUGGUGAGUGGCUUCGGCCUGCUGCUGCCCGAGACCAAGGGCCGCACCAUGCCGCAGACUAUCUACGAGGCUGAGAGAUUAGUCACCGCGCACACCUUAUGCGGAAAAGCCGAAGAUGCUGAAAUUGACGGGAACGAAGACGAUUUGAAUAAUGAGAAACAGAAAGCUCUCAUUACGUAA